AUGAUAAAGGACUCAAAAACUAUCACUCAACAUGAUGUUGAAAGAGAAUCCAUUUCUUCCAAACAUGCGAUUAAAAAGAGAUUACUUCUAUUCAAGAUAGACCUGUUUGUGCUAUCAUUUGUUUGCUUACAAUACUGGAUUAACUACGUGGACCGUGUCGGUUUUACCAAUGCAUAUAUAUCUGGUAUGAAGGAAGAUCUUAAGAUGGUCGGAAACGAUUUGACUGUGUCAAACACAGUCUUCAUGAUUGGUUAUAUUGUAGGUAUGGUCCCUAAUAACUUAAUCUUACUGUGUGUUCCACCUAGGAUAUGGUUAAGCUUUUGUACGUUUGCUUGGGGUCUACUGACCUUGGGAAUGUACAGAGUUACAUCGUUCAAACAUAUUUGUGUGAUUAGAUUCUUUCAAGCCUUAUUUGAGAGCUGCACAUUCUCAGGAACACAUUUUGUUUUGGGUUCGUGGUAUAAGGAAGACGAAUUGCCCAUUAGAAGUGCCAUAUUUACCGGUAGUGGUUUAAUCGGAUCUAUGUUCAGUGGAUUUAUGCAGACGAGUAUCUUUACUCAUUUGAACGGUCGCAACGGUUUGGCCGGUUGGAGAUGGUUAUUCAUCAUUGAUUUUUGUAUCACAUUACCUAUUGCGAUUUACGGGUUUAUUUUCUUUCCAGGCUUGCCUGAUCAAACAAGUGCUGUUAGCAAAUUUUCCAUGACAAGAUAUAUUUUUAAUGAACAAGAGCUACAUUAUGCUAGAAGAAGACUGCCAGCUAGAGAUGAAAGCACUCGAUUAGACUGGUCAACUAUCCCUAGAGUGCUAAAAAGGUGGCACUGGUGGAUGUUUUCUCUCGUGUGGGUUCUUGGAGGUGAGAAUUUAGGUUUUGCGUCUAAUUCUACAUUUGCACUAUGGUUGCAAAAUCAAAAAUAUACGUUGGCGCAAAGAAAUAACUAUCCUUCAGGGAUAUUUGCUGUAGGUAUAGUUUCUACGCUUUGUUCAGCUGUAUAUAUGACUAAGAUUCCUAGGGCUAGGCAUUGGCAUGUCUCUGCUUUCAUAUCCUUGGUAAUGGUUAUUGUUGCAAUACUAAUACGUGCAAACCCAUUAAAUCCUAAAAUCGUCUUUUCUGCGCAGUAUCUUGGGGGCGUAGCAUAUGCUGGACAAGCAGUUUUUUUCUCGUGGGCGAACAUUGUUUGUCAUGCAGAUCUCCAAGAACGUGCUAUUGUUCUUGCAUCAAUGAAUAUGUUUUCAGGGGCCGUCAACGCUUGGUGGUCAAUAUUAUUCUUCUCAUCAGAUAUGGUACCCAAAUUUGAAAGAGGUUGUUACGCUCUCUUGGCUACAGCUAUAUCAAGUGGAAUCAUUUCUGUCGUCAUACGUUCACUACAGAUAAGAGAGGAUUUGUCCAAGAAACAAGUUCCUUACAUAGAUGCUAAUGACAUGCCUGGAGAAGACGACGAUGACGAGAACCAGGAUGAUGAGAAUGAUGGCGAUGAUGGGAGUAUGAACGUUGAACUUCGCGAUGAGGAAAUGAACGAAAUUUCAAAUCCUUUUCGUUAG